AUGAGUGAACAGUCUUCAAACCUGAGUACAAACUGGAGUUCCUCUUCUAUCCAAAAUGGGGCAUACUCCCGGAUUGAGUUGGCUUCUGCAUGCACGCUUGCAUUUCUGAGUCCCAUAACAGUGGCCACAAACAUUUUGUUAAUCACCACAAUUAUCAAAGAUCCUCUUAACUAUUUCAAGAAACCGACAAGUUAUUUUGUCCUUGGUCUUUCGAUAGCAGACCUUUUGUGUGGCUUGCUGGUUGAGCCUUUUUUCGCCUUAUACUUUUUUGUGCGCUACUUCACAGCCGGCGAUAAAUUUCAAGUCAUUUCACAGACGCUUUUUGUGAUCAGCUCAAUCAUUUCGACAGCCUCGCUGAAUGCUUCCUUCGUGAUGGUACUGAUGCUGUCCUUUGUACAGUUUAUUGCCAUAGAAUAUCCUUACAAAUACAAGAUUUGGAUCAGAAAGAGAUUUGUACUCUCAUCCGUUAUGGCAACAUGGUUGUACUUCACCGUAUUCAGCCUCUUACCUGUUUUAGGUAUGGAUCAAAUCUUGUUUUUCAAACUGAAUUUGACACUGCAUUCCACAGUUAUCUCAGCGAUACUCGCCGUUCUUCAGAUUUUAAUAUAUAGGGCUUUUAAAGGACACUUGCAGGUUCACAAAAUCACUCGAACGACCAGUUUAUUAUUUCAUCUUCACAGCAAUACCGCAUCUCCGCAAAAAACUAGCGGAAAAAGACUUCUACAAACUCGCAGCCGCAAUUACGACAGAAAUUUUGUUCUGAUGACGUUUUACCUCGCUGCAAUAUUGCUCUUUUCGGCAUUUCCACACAUUGGUGUAUUUUACGUUUUCUUGUACAAACAAUACCGGAACCAGAAAGAGGAAGUCAUUUUGAAUAUUUUGUUAAGAAUAACUGAUCUAUUUCUUUUCGUAAAGGCUGCUGCCGAUGCAUUCAUUUUCGCGUGGAGACUGCCAUCUUACAGAAAGUCCAUACGCUUUUUACUGGCGAGAAAGCACAAUCCUCAAAUCGAGACUAGUGUUUAGUUUAUUUCAAUACAAUUUCUUCAAAAGAUUUUGUUUUCCAGCCUGAUUUGAAACAAUGAAAGGACCUUAAAUUAAAUCUCCGCGCAUUAUGCACUUGGCAAGCAGAUAGGAAUCAUGUGAUGAUUCAACGUUUCACACAUGUAGUCAGCGAGGGUACUUUUCUUAGAGCUUAUGGGAGCUCCUAGAUUUUGUGCUCACAGAUCUUUUGUACAUCAAGGAUGCCACAUCACAAGACACCGUCCCAGACUCUUCUCUUCUUUUGUACAUGUGAUCAAAAGAAACGGUUCGUGAGUACGAUUGUCCCUGGGGAUGAGCAACAACUGCCUCUGAGACAGUUAUCGUUACCAAAUAUGUUACGAUUGAGUUCUGUUAACAUUUCUUUCACUUUUUCCCAAGUUCACGAAUCUCCGGUGGAAAUUAAGCAAUAGUAUUUGCCGCCACUUUAUCAUGUAUCAAAAAGUGCGCGUUUUCAAAGGAAAUCGCUGAGGACUGGAUGGGGGCUUAGUACGCAGAGGAUGCCCUCACGCCCUUUUUUCUUAUUUUCCACAUAUUGAGUGGAGGCAUGAAAUGAAGAACAAAAAUGAGUUACGGAACACUACUGUAAGGGAAAGUACAAUGUGGCAAGCU